AUGGAUUCUCUGACAGAAGCUAAUGGCAACUUUGGCUUGAACCUUUUGAAAAAUCUGGGUGGAAGCAACUUGGAAAACAUAUUUUUUUCUCCCUUGAGCAUCUCCUUGGCCUUGGCAAUGGUCUACAAGAGGGCGAAGGGAAGCACAGCUGCCCAGAUGGCCCAGGCACUUUCUUUUAAGACAGACAGAAGCGAAGAUGAGGCUAUUUACCAUGGUUCCCAGUCACUUCUUGCUGAAGUGAACAGAACUGGUACUCAGCACUUGGUUAGAACCGCAAGGCUCUUUGGAGAAAAGUCUUAUGAGCUCCUCGGGUGUUUUACAGAUUCCUGCUGCAAAUUCUACCCAGCCAACAUGGAACAGCUUGACUUUGUCAAUGAAGCAGAGAUCAGAAAAUAUAUAAAUGCCUGGGCUGCUGACAAGACUGAAGGUGAAAAUAGUCAUGUACUCAAUUUAGGUAAAAUUGAUUCAUUGACGAAGCUGGUUCUUAUGAAUGCCAUCUACUUCAAAGGGAGUUGGGAUAAUCAGUUUGAGAAACAUCGGACCAAGGAAAUGCCCUUUAAAACCAGCAUGACUGGAAAGAGACCUAUGCAAAUGAUGUUUCAGAAAUCUUCUUUUAAAAUGACCUAUGUCAAAGAAAUAUUCACCAGUGUUCUCCUGCUUCCCUGUGUUGGAGGGGAGCUGAAUAUGGUCAUCACACUUCCAGAUGAAAACACUGACUUGAAAAUGGUGGAAGAAAACCUCUUUUAUGGGAAGAUGCACAAAACAGAAGUGGAAGUUUUUCUCCCUAGAUUUAAAAUGGAAGAAAAUUAUGACGUGCAAUAUGUGCUAAUAGAUUUGGGCAUGGUACAUGCCUUUGAACAAGCCAGGGCUGACUUCUCUGGUGUAUCGUCUAAGAAAGAGCUAUAUUUUUCCAAGGUCAUACUCAAGCCCUUUGUGGAGGUGACUGAGAAAGGUACAGAAGCAACAUCUGCCAUAACUGUCACAAUGAAAUUUUGUCCAUUAAGCCCCCAAAUCCCCCUCUCCACAUUCUGUGCUAACCAUCCCUUCCUUUUCUUUAUCCAGAACAGCAAAACCAAUGAUACUCUCUUCUAUAGGAGAUUGUACUUUUAA